UGAAAUACUGCGGAAUAAACUCAAAUGCAGCUGCAGUAUUGUUAAAGCAGAUUAAUCUGCAAGGCAGAGAUGGCUGUAUAGCUUCUAGUACAGCUGGCCACUCGUCCCGAUGGGGUGUUUCUGGGUAUUAAGGGAAUAUAUAAUACUACGAAUACAGCAGGUCUGAGUUCUUUUUUGCCACUAGUGUCAUCUCUGGCAGGAUGGCUACCAGCAGGACUAAUUUGGAUACAUUAAGUUAGGUGGCUCAAUAUAGUUGAGCAUCUCAACCAGUUCAUUUGCAACAAAUACCCUUUAAGUACCUACUUAGGGAAGGGGAUUUUGAAAAUGGUCUCUUGAAAGUAGCAGACAACUAUAUAGCAAGACACAGUGUCUGGUAAACUCAAAGUAACAAGGGAUAAGUGUUCAGCAGUGAGGGUAAAAGACUUCGGUACAUUUGAUUACUUCUAAAAUGGGAUGAAUCUUUUAGAAGACCUACUGUACAGCAAACUAAUUGCUCUACUUGCAAACAAGAAUUUAGCCAAGUUGCCGAGCUAUAUAAAAUGACAAUGGUACCAUCAAGCUUUAUCCAGAAAAUGCUAAAAGUGCUAUUUAGGGUUAUAGGUGGCCAAGUUAUAACCAGUUACCUGUUCUUCAAGUAGCGUUAUUAUCUGUACUGGUGCCUUUUCACAAGGGAGCAAGAAUUCAAAGAUGCCUGAAGUCUCAGUCUGUUUUUGUGACGGAUUCUCAGAUCAUGGUUAAGGCACGUUGGCAGAACAGUGUCAAGAGGCUUGCACCUCUGCUGCUUGUAAAUGACCUGUUUUGUGGUUAAUCAAGAGUACUUUGGUUACCAGGCCCGGAAAUAUUUUAAUGCGAUCAGCUGCUCUGCAAGAUGCCGAGGGAAUUGUACAUCGCAAAAUGUUGGUCCCAAAAAGGAGGUUGCAGAAUGUAAGGAAAAGUUUGCCAGCUCUAAGGAUCCAACAGUUAGUCAAACGUUUAUGCUAGAUAGAGUAUUCAACCCCGAAGGAAAGUCACUAACAUCAAUGCGAGGAUUCAAGUAUUCAAGCUGGUCUCCUUUGGGCUGUGACGCUAAUGGAAGAUGUCUACUAGCAGCUUUAACGAUGGACAAUAGACUGACUAUUCACGCUAACCUCAACAGACUGCAGUGGGUGCAGCUAGUUGAUCUGACAGAAGUUUAUGGGGAGCGUCUUUGUGAAAGCAAGUACAGAAUUUCUAAGACCGAGGCGCCCCGAGGAGAUCUAGGGGACUUCUCUGAAUUUCAGAGAAGGCACAGUAUGCAGACUCCAGUGCGUAUGGAGUGGUCAGGUAUCUGCACCACCCAGCAGGUGAAACAUAACAAUGAAUGCCGGGAUGUUGGUAGCGUGCUCCUAGCAGUGCUCUUUGAAAAUGGUAACAUUGCAGUUUGGCAGUUUCAACUUCCUUUUGUGGGUAAGGAAUCCAUCACUUCUUGCAAUACCAUAGAGUCUGGAAUAAAUUCCCCUAGUGUCUUGUCCUGGUGGGAAUAUGAACACAACAACCGAAAGAUGAGCGGACUCAUAGUAGGGAGUGCUUUUGGACCUGUUAAAAUCCUUCCCGUCAAUCUAAAAGCAGUUAAAGGUUACUUUACACUCAGGCAACCAGUUGUCUUGUGGCAAGAAAUGGACCAAUUGCCAGUGCAUAGUAUCAGAUGUAUUCCUCUUUAUCAUCCUUACCAGAAAUGUAGCUGUAGCUUAGUGGUGGCUGCAAGAGGAUCAUAUGUGUUUUGGUGUCUUCUCCUGAUAUCCAAAGCAAGCCUGAAUGUUCACAAUUCCCAUGUGACAGGGCUUCACUCUUUGCCAAUUGUAUCUAUGACUGCAGAUAAACAGAAUGGCACAGUAUAUACGUGCUCAAGUGAUGGAAAGGUAAGGCAGCUGAUUCCCAUCUUCACAGAUGUUGCAUUAAAGUUUGAGCACCAGCUGAUUAAGCUAUCAGAAGUGUUUGGCUCUGUGAGGACUCAUGGGAUAGCUGUAAGCCCAUGUGGUGCAUACUUAGCAGUUAUCACAACAGAGGGUAUGACAAAUGGUCUUCACCCUGUUAAUAAAAACUAUCAAGUUCAGUUUGUAACUCUUAAAACUUUUGAGGAGGCAGCCGCUCAGCUCUUGGAAUCUUCUGUUCAAAAUCUUUUCAGGCAAGUGGACCUGACGGACCUUGUGCGCUGGAAGAUUUUGAAGGAUAAGCACAUCCCUCAGUUCUUACAAGAAGCCUUGGAUAAAAAGAUUGAGAGUUGCGGAUCCACUUAUUUCUGGCGCUUUAAGCUGUUCCUUCUGAGGAUUUUGUACCAGUCGAUGCAGAAGACUCCCUCAGAAGUCAUGUGGAAGCCUUCACAUGAGGAUGCAAAAAUCUUGAUUUCCGAUUCCCCUGGCAUAGGCAGCACUGAAGAUGAUCAGCAAGAAGAAGGAACUUCUAAACAGACCAGCAAGCAGAGCUUGGGUGAUGUGAGCAGAGGCAUGGACACGGAGGACCUGGCAGAUGACUCUCUUCCUCAGUCAACUGACGUAGGAGGCCGGGAGCCAAUGGAAGAAAAGCUUCUAGAAAUACAGGCACAAAUUGAGGCAGUAGAAAUGCACUUGACGCGGGAACACAUGAAACGGGUGUUGGGAGAAGUCUACCUCCACACGUGGAUUACAGAGAACACCAGUAUUCCAACCAGAGGAGUCUGCGAUUUCUUAAUGUCUGACGAAGGCUAUGACGACAGAACAGCACGAACCCUGAGUGGAUCAAGAGGUUAUUGCAAGGACCUUGUACUUUCUGUGAUUCUCCUGUGUUCUAGACAACAGCUGUGGGAAGCUUGAGAAGGCAUUUUCUCUGCUGCGUAACACUCCCUUCAGUCUGGAAGGAGAAAAAGGACUGGGAGCACGCACACUGCUGGAGGGGAAAAAGACAUUCUCCUUAACCCUGUAAAUAGGACAUUGGAAGGCCAAGCAGCUCACAGUCCAGAGCCCUAUUUCAUACUCCAGAAGCAGGAGUACAUCUUCUAGGGAGUGUCUGGCACCACAGGGGUUUGACAAAGCAAUUUUGAGAUGACCAGAGCUCCCGUUGCAGCAUCAGCACUUGAUUGGGCACCUUUCCUUUCACUGAAAGAGGUCUGAAAUAUUGUAAGCGUGCAGUCUGACCUACCCCAUCUGUGUGGAAACCAGAUGUUUUCCUCCUGGCAUGUGGAGUGCUGGAGGUGCUUACUAAAGCCUUGGUGGGUAGAGAAGGCUUCAGCCUGCAGUGCCUCUUUGUUUGCUCUUAAUGAGCAGUGGCACUUACCGUACCACCAAAUAUUAAACUUUCAGAAAGAACGCGUGGUUCUAAUACAUUUCUUGUUGAGUGAUGUGCAUGCCACUUAAGUCAGCCAUUCCAUUAGGUGUCUUGCUGCAUAUCUACCAAAAGAGUUCCCAGUGUCUUUCCUAGAAUAGUUUUCAGGUAUUUGCAGUUAACAAGCUGAAAUUGGCUGUUAGUGCCAAAUACAUUCCAGGAAGUUUUACAUGCUAAUAGUUAUGUAAACUGUAUUAGCACUUCUCUAUUCUGUGUAAUAAGACACAAACCUAAACUGUAGAAUAUCCAGUGCUCUUAAAUCUCCUGUCCCCACCACUUCCUCUCUCAUUUCUAGUUUACCAAUUUUGUGCCAACAUCUAUGCCUUUCAGUUAACUUCACCCUCUGCCUGUUGGAACCACACUCUCCUUCAUUGUGACCAAGCAACCAGGCUGUUUCUUCUUCCAACUGGACUGUGAGUGUCCUCAAAAACAUUGCAAUAACUUAGUGUGCAAGCAAGCAGUCACUUUUACUGGUCAGCUGUUCUCCUCAUGAAAGCACUAACUCAAAAGGAAAACUGACUGCCACACUGAAAGCUUUGUCAGGAGUCAGAGACUGUUCAUUCUAAGUCAGGGGAUGGAUGAGUGAUUACCUAAGGCAGCCAGCAGCAUGCCUGUGAAGGAACAUGCUUGAACCUGUGGUUAACACGGUUGCUCUCUCAUGGGAAAAGUGGCCUUUGUAUCAUUGGGACCCAGUUCAUACAGGGCAACUUUCCUUUUUAACUUCUGCAGUGCUAGAGGCAUGAGGUUUCCAAUAUGAGUAUGACUCUAGAGAUAGGUUCGAUCUGGUUUGGUUAAGAACCAUCCCCCCCAGUAAUCCAAACUUCUGUAUAGAUCUUCACUUCCUCCUUAAAGAUGCCAGCUCACUGGAUGCUCCCCACAUAUAAAAAGGCAACUGAAAACCCUUUAUGGAAGUCCCGACUUCUGACCAGAUGCAUGAAUGCUUCCAUAAGCAAUUGAAAACAGCAAGGAAUAAUCAAGAUGGUAUCCAAUACGUAUAUAAAUGGGUGCUUAAGUUUCCUUCAGUUACUGGCUAUGCAUAUUGUCUUCACACUCCUUGACCCCUCAUUAGGAACAGACAUUACUCCGCUAAUGUUCAGACAGACUAGCUGCUCUUAGAGUUCAGUACUUCAUACAUAGGGCAUGAUAGUGCUUCUACAAUAGACAAUAGUUCUAAUAUUGUACCAGAGAUGAAAAUGAUAAAGCACAGAUGCAUUUGUAAAAAAAUCACCAUAGCCUUGUUUGUAAAUAUCCCUGGAAGUGAGACCAUCUUUCUAGGAAAAGAAAUAUUUGGAGCUUUGUAUCAUUGUGCAUUAGACUGAACUCGCUUUCAUGCUAUUGUCACAAAAAGAAUUUGUAGAUCCCAGUGGCAGGCACUUGGCAAAGCAAGACAUUUGAAUCAGAGCCAGGUGGAAUGGUCAGGAUUGCCUGGCACCUAACCUUGUCACUGAGGCUGGUACAGCAGCUAUGGCAGCUGUAGGGUUCCUCUCUGUGAGGGAGAGCGUAUGCAUCGGCUUGGACUCAAAUUGGAUGCAGUCAUGUUCCAGGCUGGGCAGGGCAGAGUGAUUUUGCAAAACACAGUGUGUACAGUCUUGUAAAAGCCAACCUGACUUAAUGGCCAGUGAGUGUUCUCUUGCUCUUUCAAAGGGACCUCAACAAGGGAAAGGGUUAAGGAAGUUUUCCAAAGAUGCUUCAAAGUCCAACUUGGAUGGCAGGCUGGAGAUGUAUUAAAUCUUUGAUCCAUGUACUGGUCCACCAAAACAUACUAGGUCUGGCAAAUGAGAAGGUACUACAUGAUCACAUUCUAAUUAGUCUUACUUCAGGUCUACUAUAACACUUUAUGGCAGUUGUUCUUUCAGACAGUUCCAUGUAGAAGCUAGCAUUCCAGGCUGUUUUCAGCAUUGAAAGCUACCGAGACUAAGCUAUCAAGGUAAUGGACACUCAAAUGACAGUCAACAAGGUUGGUUGUAUAUUAAGGCAAUAGGGAUGGUGGCAUGUUAGCUCCUUUUGUGCUGUGUUUGGCCAGUCAAAAGGUAUUGGGGUAUAAAGCCAUCAUUUUUGCAUGCUCUUUUAUAAUUUUAUCCAAUUUGAAAAAUAGGGCAAAGUUUCAGACAAGGCUAAUUUAGGCUGUGGUUUGGUCUUGCUGGAUUUUCCCAUCUCUCUCUAGACCCAUUGUCCUCCUCAGGCUGCUUUCUCCAGCAACACAGCUUGCACCUGUCAAGCGAUAUCUGUUCUAAGACUGGGGUUCGUCUUACUACUUUAAGGAGUGGAAAGCCUGAGGAGACUGUACCAGCGCCCUAAGCUGCUGUUCUGUAGAUGCGGGCAGUGGAGUAGGGUCUUAGCUUAAAAUACGUAGUGGAAGACAGGCCUGAACACAAGUACAAGAGAUGAAAUUCUUGCACUAACCCAAAAGGGUGCAAUAUCCUAUAGCCAUCUUCAGUUUGCCAUACCCAAGGUACUAAUUAGGUUUCCUUUCUUAUACCAGUGAGGAAGAAAAAUAGUAAUGCAUUUGAUGCAGUAAUCGUACAGGAAGGCUAAUGCACCUUACUCUUGUUUGCUACUUCCAAAUUACAUAUGACAACAGCACCUGUAGUCAUGACAGUCUUUCUAGAAUAACAGAUGCUCAGACUAUGGGGGAAGCUGACUGAAAUUUUGCCCAGAAGUUCAGAAUCUAGCUUCGUCUUGACCUUUCCCUAGGAGUCUGCACUGGUCUGAAGAUGAUCUUCCGAGGUCCCUUCCAGCCCUAAUGUCUAUGAAGGAGACCAGAGUAGUUUGGGUUUUUGGGAGAGACUUAGGGACAUCUCCUUAUCCACAGGAAGAUUUUUCUGUUGACCUGCAGCAAAUGCAGAGUGAGCACUGUGUGGCUUGCUGCUCUUGCUGUGCAGCUUUGCUUUGGUACGCGUCACCUCAGAGGAUUGCUCUGGAACCCUCCUGUGAUGAAAGCGGAUAUACACAGCAGAGCAUGUUCUGCAAGUGUGAAAUCAGGGCAGGUCUCCGCUGUGCUGUAAUCUGGAUGUGGUUACCAGCAGAGGUGGACUCUUAACUGCUGCUUCGACCCGACUCACUUGAACAGCGGUUCUUAACCUUUUUGAGCCCACAGCACGUGACCUCCAGAAAUCAGAAGCAAAGCAGGGCAGUAAGUUAAGCCAGGCUUAGCACCACCUGAAUGUGACUCCAUAGCUUUUUCUUAAGGAGCAAGGAGGUGCAGAGCUGGUGAGGGUAAUUGCACAGCAUUAUCAGUGUUGGCUCAAGUCAGCAUCACCCAAGUUAGCUCUGUACAGGUUACCUCCCCAGCCUGGAAGCCGGUGCUGGACCCAGGCUAACUAGCAGCAUCUCAGCAGAGCCAGGUAGCCUGCCUGCAAUGCUGCAGUAAGGCAGCUACGCUGAACCCCAUGUGGGAAGUACCGGUAGCUUGCAUGGAGCUUUGCAGCAGCUCAGCAAGGCACUUUUUUUAUCGUGGGUUCUCCACAAACAUUUGUACCUAUCCUUGUGGCCCAACUGGGUUUACAGAAGUGCCCACUAGUUAAACACCAUGGUACUAGGAACAUAGAGACUAGCAUCUGGGUCCCAUAGUGAUGUUAAUCCUCAAGGGCAGGCUGCAGCUGCCCCAGAGAGACUGAGACAGGUUGCAGGGGACAUGGAAAAUUGAAGUUUUCCCUGCAACUGUUUCCUUCCCCCACCACCCUGCUUUCUUGGAAGCCCCAGUCACCACCCACCCCAGACCAAAACAAUGGAUGUCAGUGCCUACAAAACACAGGUCUAGGUCCUUUCUUCCUUGGAAUUUAACUUCUUAAACUAGGCUGCUGUUGUAUGAAGGUACACUCUGAGAUUGGUACUGAAUGCAUUAUGUUUUGUGGGAAACUCAGUGUCAAGUGAAGUUUAACAUUUCAGGGCUGGGAGAGAAACUGAGCUGCUGCUGUUGUACUAACUUGAAAAUACACUAGAGGUGAUGACAAAGGCUGAGUUCAAGCCGUCUACUCUCCAUUUAGGGAUCAUUAGCUGCAGAUGAUCCCUAUUCUCUACUCAAUUUAACUUGUCGUUAUCCUUGACAAGAAACAGUUUCUUACACCAUUUAGAAAAGCUGAUACACAUGCUGAGGUCUAUCCAUGACCCUAAUCUUGCGUGGUUGGUAUGAAUCCCAACACCUUUGUGUUUUCACUGAAGGUCGCUGCAACAGCUGAAGCAGCUAAUGUUUGCUAGCAUAGCUUUUUUCCAAGCCUCCCUCUGCCAGUAGUUUCAGGUAUUCUUUUAUGUUCUGCCAGUUUAAUGUGCACUAGAAAUGACUCUGCAUUGGAAUAGUAUACAAGACUGAUGAAACAGAAUAAUAUAUUCAUACUGGGGUAAGGCAAGCAGGAGAAUUGAGGGAGUGAGAAGAGAAAUGCAAGCUGCCAUGUGGAUUAGCAGAACAGCUUCUGCAGGCACAGCAGCUCCAGAUGUGCAGUAACUUGGUGUAAGCCUCUUUGUUGGCUGCCAAAGCAGCCUCCCUUGUGCUGUGGGGAAAGCACAGAGUGGCGCUGACUGGCCCAUGGGGGUCCCAGCCUUCCCUCCUGAGCCUGGGCUUUUGGAUGCGGGUGCAGUGAAACUCACUCAUAGCCCAGCCCAGCCUCAGCCAGGAGGUGAGGACUUAAUAUGGGAGGGCUCCUAAUUUAGAAACCAUGGCACUUAAACCCCAGUAUUUCAAAAGGAGCCCGAUUUUGUGUCCCUUCCAUAAGGCAAGUGUAUCCCUUGCUUUGUUUCUAGAGGAGAGAGAUUAAUGGUUACUACUAAGGCACAUCCAAUAAAUAUUUCCUUGUGUUUCUCAAACUAAGAAUUUCCCCAGUGAUUUAAGUAUCAGAAUAACUUUAGUUGUAAUGAAAGAAAAUGAUAACACACUGAGCAUAAGGAGUCCUUGACAGGAGAGAAUACAAUGGAAACGUUGAUAGUUCCAGCAGAAGGUUGACAUGCCUAUUUUUUUUUUAAACCUUAAAACAAACUUUCAUAUCAGUUUUGUGCAAUUAUUCUUCAUAUCACAGGGAGUUGGUUGGCACAAGAGAUUAAUAUCCAAAACACAGCCCUUCCCUUGUCACUGGAUCCGAUAGGUCCGCAUCUGUAUUUUGGCAAACUGGAAUUUAACUGUAGGUACAACUUCAUGACAGCUUCAGCUGCCCAGCCCCCCUACUAUGUAGCCUUGGUAGAGCGGUCAAGGAAAGUUUGCCAUCUCUUCCUUAGGAAUACAAGUGGGGAAAAUGAUACUGCCCAAAUGUAAAUAUUUAAAAAGCACUUUUUCCUUUUUAAGAAGAGGCUCAGACAAAAUUCCCUGCGUAUAAGGCAUACAGAAGUAACCACAUCUUGUCCAUGAUUGGCUAUAGAGUUGGCAUCCUCUCUUUACUUUCACUAUCCUACCUUCUCUUCAUGGAGCAGCCAGGCACAUGAAGAGGCAAUACCUCAGCUCUGCUAUUCCAAAUUGAGCAGCGGUAACUACUUUGUGUUUUAUCUACUGGCUUUCACUGUCUUCAUUCAGAGUUUCAGUUGCCCCUUCAUUCUGGGAGCUACCUCUGGCUUAGUUCAGAUGUUAGGGUAGACUUGCACCAUAUAUUUUACACGCACACACACUGGUUACUCUAUAUAGCAUGAGCUUUUGUAAGCUGGUGCUAUGUAUCUACUUCACUUAGUCUAUGAGGUGCAAAUCUACCCUGCCUUCUACUGGUCUUCAGAUUAACACAGCUAACUACAUUUCUCUCAGAUCAGGUGCUUUCCAGAGAGUAGAAAAUGGAGAAAGGCGGGGGGUUAGCUGUCUUACAGCUAAGACCUAUAUUUUUAUGUAUUUAUUUAUUUAUUUUGCAGCUGGGGCUGGGAAUCGGGAGUGCCCAUCCUUUUUAUCCUUCCAAAAGGUGGAAGUCAGAGACGGAACCUAAAUAUUUUGGAAGUAAAAUAGAUUUGUAGUUAAUUAUAAUUAACUACAGGGUAGCUCCUGUUGUUGGCUCUCCCCCUGCAGUCACUCCAUUGUAUGGCAUCUCAGAUCUGAUACAAAUGCACAGGAUCAAGUGUUUUCAGUCGGACCAGCUUGAAGGCUGAUGUAGCUGAUGGGGUGCAGCUCUAGGCAGAGAUAAGUUUACAGCUGCCGUAGUAAAAUUUUCAGUGGGGAAUCUUGUCCUGGUUUUUAGGUAAAAUGGGAGGCCCCACUUCAGCACUGGUGAGGAAAAACUCAAGCUCCAUUUAGGAUGCCAGAGUCAAGUGGAAAGAGCAAAUACAACCCAGGCUAGUUCCUUUCUUUAAUCAUACAGCAGUGUACUCCAGCAUAGCAUCUGCAUUUAACUCUAGCAAAGGGCCACACAUGUAUAUCUUCAUUACAACUACAGCCGCAACCUGUACUAAUCCUAAUCUGUGUUCAGCUUUCAACUGUACAAAAUGUGUGAUUAUUUUUACACAGGAGAUGUUCCCAGACCCUCCGUGAGAGAUUGAAAAUUGAUCCUGUUUUCUGGGGAAAAAAAGAAAGAAAGGAGACAUGGGGCUUUUCACUAUUUUUUACUGUGAUGCCAAAUUUUACUUUUCCAAAGCUCUGAAACCCCUGCUGCAUUGAAUCUGACACAUGCGAGCUCACUGCGUCACUCCCGAUUCUGUGCAAAAAGGGAGUUGCUUUCAUUGUUGCAAUGCAGCCACCCUCGAGGACGUUCAUGGCACACAUUUACUAGUGUGGAUUACACUACCAACCAGGGCUGGAAGUGAAGGAUUUCUCUAUGUUAUCUUAGACUUCAGUGGGAUAAUCCAGAACAUAAAUACUGGAAUUGGGAGUUUCUGAAUUAUAAGAGACUAAAGCACUGCUGUCACUUGGAGGUGAUGACAUGGGGUCACAUUAACCCUGGGCCAUUUUUAUUUAACACUAUUGCCAGGUAGCCAGCCCUAGAGAGGAGUCAAGAGCCAUCCAGUGGAAGGCUUCAGUGAGUUGGUAUUUGAAUUAAUCUGGCAAUCUAAUCUUCAUAUGCCCGAGGCCUUUUUGAACUAGCUUUUUGGGCUGGGAAGGUUUUCCCUGGGAGGCCACUCGGCUGCCAGGCUGAAUGGAAGGGCAUUUGUUUUGGUGGGUUUUUUAAAUCCCUUCCGUUCCCAGAUUUCCCACACAUUUCAGAUUUGGUUGGUGGGAGGGUCUGACAAAGUUGCUGUGAAUAUUGAUGCUGUAUAUAUGGCGGUUUUUGUAAACGUGAAGCAAACUUGGAUAAUGUGUUUUGUAUACUGCGACAGUAGCAUUGUAAUCCUACUCCCCUUUUUUAAUUCUAAAUAAAUAAAUCAAUAAAUACAAGUCCUUCUCAUAUUGCCUGUGUGUGGCAAGGGGGGAGACUGGGGAAAGGAGCAUGGGCCGCCAAAAAGAGUGGGAGGAAGUUUAAAGCCCACAGUUCUCUGGAAUGAGGCUUCGCCAUGUGCCAGCAUCAUCCUUGCCUUUCCACUACUAUGUGGGCAGGUAUUUUUUUUUUUUAAGGAGACACAGCAACUCUGGGAGCUCUGCAAGAGCAGGAGUGUAAAAACCAAACCAGCCCCAAAACAAGGUUAAUUUACAAUACGUGAAAGAUCUUGCUCGUUACAAAGGAUGUGAGAAGGGCGAAUUACUAGGCCAAGAACCUGGCCAGAUGCUCAGUUCUUUCCGAAGGAGUUUGUCUGUACAGUUAGUACAUGAAGGCAACACUCCCCUGUAUCAAGGAUUUUAUUCCUCACUGGCCGCCUAUCUGCUUAAGGUUAAGGGACUAAAGUUUUCAAAUGUAGUGGCCUGUUGCCUGGUUCUGCUGAGUAGCAGGACCAUUCUUGCACUACAGUUUAGGUGCAACAGAGUGCAAUCGUAAGGACAGAAAAUCCAAGCACAAUCCAACUACCAAGUAACAUU